AUGCAGCAUCCACAGUCCGAGGACGAGGGGAGCGGGAGCGAGGUGGAGGUGUCGGGGAGCGAUGAUGAAUAUGAGAGCGCGCUGAAUGGUUCUAAGUCACCAUCUCCGCCUCCGGCUCGGGAUGUCAAGGGUAAGGGCAAGGCUUUCGGAGCCGUACCUCUCGCCAGGUCGACCAGCCACCAGAGGUCAGCGAAGAAGGCGAGCUCUUGGGCAGACCUUGACCUCUCCAUCAUCGUCGCGCUCGUCUCCCCGAUUGGAAACUGGCUCACGGGCGGAGACCACAUCAAGAACCUCUUCCUCAUCAUCCUGCUCAUAUUCUACCUGCACCAGAUCGUCGAGAUCCCGUGGCAACUCUACCUCUCCGCACGCCCACGGAAGCAGCAGCCGCGACAUGCAGCGAAGAAACACGACGACGACAAGGUAGCGCAUCUCCUCGCGCUCGCCGAAACCGAGCUCAGGCGGCACGAGCUCUUCUACCUCUGUAUCGCCCUUUCCUCUCCCUUCAUCGGAGCUGCGUUCCUGCGCUACGUGCUCUCUGCGCUCGGGGACCACAAUGCGCUCUCCUGGUUCAGCACUACCCUCUUCGUCCUGGCUACUGGCAUCCGUCCAUGGACGCAUCUCGUCAACCGUCUCAACGAGCGUACACAAGAGCUGCAUGACGCCCUUCACACCCCUACCGAAGAAACGCUCGCGUAUGAGCAAGAAGAGACCCGGCGCACUCUUGAUCUUGCUCUCGAACGUAUCGACGCGCUUGAACGUGAGCUUGAUGACUUGCGCGAGGGCGUCAAACGGGGUGAACAGCUGCGCGAGGUGUGCGACGACCUGAGCGAGGUCCUCGGCGACAUCGAGCGCGCGUCGAAGCGCAACGAACGCAAGGCAGAUGCCGCCCGCUCUGCCAUGUCUACCCGUCUCUCCACCGUCGAGAUCGGGCUGGUGCAGUUGGAGGAGCGCCGGAGGAAGGACGUUGCCGCCCUCGAGGCCGCAGGUUUCCGCAUCCCGGAGAAGGCGGUCUUGUUCGCACAGGCACGCGAGCACUUCUGGACGCUCGUGCGUAAGGUCUUGUACUAUCCUCGCGCCUUGUGGCUGCUCGGCCUCGCGAAGCCUCAGGAACAAGCCGCCUCUCCUGGCGUUCCCUUGUCUCCUGGCGCCAACGGCCACGGCCACAACACCGUGCACGUCAGCGGUAUCCUCCUCAACCGCCUCAACAGCCCCGAGCGCGAGAAGCAUCUCGCGCACCUUGUCCCGCGCCUCGCAACGAUCCCCGAAGCGGACGACUCUGACUCUGAAGGCACGUUCGUGUCGGACAAGGAGCACCCGCGGAAGGGCAGCCGGAGCAGGAGUCGGAGCCGCAGCAUGAGCGCGUCGUCGCGCACGGUCAAGACGCCAUCGUACCGCCAUCAAGCGUACGAGUACGCCCAGGAUGCCGUGCUGUGGCCGUACCGCUUCAGUUCGCGCGUCCUUGUUGCCGUGUUCCCUCCCGUGGCCAAGAUCGUCCCCAAGCUGUGA